UCGUCGGCUGAAAGAUGAGGUCGUGUUCAAGAGACAUCUCGAAGAGUCAAGGCACCAGUCGCGGGUCACCGCGGCCGCAUCCGGAUCGUUCGCAGGAUCUCGUUCAACCCCACACUUUUAGAUCACUUACUCAAUUAUGACCGCCGAAACUCCAUUCAAAGCUUCCCACAAGCCGUCCGAUAUAAAAUGGGCUCCGAGGACAGGUAUUUCCUCAUCGUGUCUCCCCAUGUCCCACGAAACUCAAAACCAGUUCCAGAGCGUCCUCUCUGCUGCCGUUCGUCGGCGGCUCAGCAGCGUCGGACAGGAGCAAAAGCCCAAUGUUCCACCCUCUUUUGCGAGUCUCACUCCCAUGUGGGUUGGGAUCGCGGGGACCAAUGUUGAGGCGACCAAGUUCGAGAUCGCGCUCUCCAUCCACGACUCAGUAUAUUCCACCGACUUUACUUCCGCCAUCAUCACCCUUGGCAAGAACAAAGCCAGCGAUAUCGAGACGUUCGUUAUCCAGACGAUCAGGAAGUUCUCUGCUGAGCACCUGUGCAAAUUCUUGGGUGCUGGUGUCACUGUCUCGCUGUUGAAGGAAGCACCGAACUUGGCUACCCGCCUUUGGCUCGAUCUGGACAUUGUCCCGAUCGUUUUCAACAUCAAGCCGUUCCACACAGAUUCUGUAACCCGCCCCAACAUUAAACACCGCAUCUCAUCCACCACGGGCAGUUAUGUCCCUUCUGGUGCAGAGACACCCACAAUGUUUGUGGACAGCUCACAUGUACCCUCCGGUCAAUUGAAUGUCCCCGGCGCCACCGGCCGUCUUCCUCUUCCUCGCACGGUCGACGAGCAGGCGGACUCCGCUGCACGCAAAUGCUUGAUGUAUUUUGGGCCUAACAACAAUCCCCGCUUGACGAUUGGCCCCCGCAAUCAGGUCACUGUCGACGCUGGCGGGAAGAUCCACUUGAUAGAUGAUCUAGACGUGUACAAGAAUACCGUCCGCUCCGGGACGUGGAACGCGGUCAUCAAGCUUGCCGACGAGCUGCGGGAGAAGAAUGUGAAGAUUGGGUUCUUUUCGUCGACUCCUCAGGGUGGUGGUGUCGCGCUCAUGAGACAUGCUCUCAUCCGAUUCCUCUCUCUUCUUGACAUUGACGCUGCCUGGUAUGUGCCGAACCCCAGCCCGACUGUCUUCAGAACGACCAAGAACAACCACAACAUCUUGCAAGGUGUCGCCUCACCCGAUCUGCGACUCACUCAGGAGAACAAAGACAAGUUCGAUGAGUGGAUUCUCAAGAACGGCUUGCGCUGGACAGCGGAGGGUGGCCCAUUGGCCCAGGGCGGUGUUGACAUCGCUUUCAUUGACGAUCCUCAAAUGCCGGGUUUGAUUCCUCUGAUCAAAAAACUGCGCCCCGAUCUGCCCAUCAUCUAUCGGUCGCACAUCGAAAUCCGCAGUGAUUUGGUGCACGUGGCUGGUUCACCCCAAGAGGAAGUCUGGAAGUAUCUUUGGAACAACAUCCAGCUUGCAGACCUCUUCAUCAGUCAUCCUGUCAGCAAGUUCGUCCCCAGUGAUGUCCCUCUAGAAAAGUUGGCUCUCCUCGGGGCAGCCACCGAUUUCCUCGACGGUCUUAACAAGGAGCUCGAUCCUUGGGACUCAGCCUUCUACAUGAACGAGUUCCGCAACCUGUGUGUCAAGGAGAAGAUGAACGAGCUCAAGUGGCCCGUCCGCGACUACUUCGUCCAGAUCGCGCGGUUCGACCCUGCGAAGGGUAUCCCUCAAGUGAUCGACUCAUAUGCCAAGUUCCGCAAGUUGUUGGGGCCCAAUCUUUCGGAGGAGGACAUUCCUCAACUGUUGAUUGUUGGACAUGGGGCUGUUGACGAUCCUGACGCUAGCAUCAUCUACGAUCAAGUGAUCCAGCUGAUUCACUCUGACGCAUAUAGCAAGUAUGCGACGGACAUUGUUGUCAUGCGUCUCCCUCCGAGCGACCAGUUGCUCAACGCUCUUAUGGCGAACGCUAGGGUGGCGCUGCAGUUGUCGACUCGGGAGGGAUUCGAGGUCAAGGUCUCGGAAGCCAUCCACGCUGGGAUUCCGAUUGUUGCUGCCGCUACUGGAGGCAUUCCGCUCCAAGUCGAGCACGGAAAGUCUGGAUUCUUGACGACUCCGGGUCCGGCGGGCACCGAUGCGGUCGCCAAGCAUCUGUACGACCUGUUCACGGACGAAGACCUGUACCGCAAGAUGAGCCAAUACGCCAAGACCCAUGUCUCGGACGAAGUUGGCACUGUUGGAAAUGCUGCUGCCUGGCUUUACUUGGCGGUGAUGUACUCUCGUGGUGUCAAACUGCGGCCCAAUGGCGCCUGGCUCAACGACAUGCUCCGCGAGGAAACCAACGAGCCGUAUGCCCCAGACGAACCCCGUCUUCCCCGCCUGCCCCUCCAGAUGCAAGGGGGCGAUGGGCCUGCUUGGAUGCAGGUUGUUCACAAGGCUCUGCCAUCUCUUCCACCUACCACCAUCACCCAGAUGGCCGCGAACACAUACCACCAGCACUAUUCACAACAAGCUUACCAGCAACCUCCGCCCAUCUACCGAGCUAAUCCGGUUACUAGUCAAUGGUCUUAUGAUCAACCUGCAGCCCAGCCGGCUGCUUACCAUGCCCCAGCUGCUGCCGAAUAUUUCCAUGCACACUCACCCCCGACGCGUCCACGAUCCCGAUCGGACGCGGUCCCGACUCACCGCAUCCAACGACCGCUGCGGUCGGCGAUGAAACGCGGUACUUCACGAGAGCGCGACUCGUUCUUCAUCCCGGCGUCCGUGGAUUCGGUCUGGGGGGGCUCGACACCCCAGAACAUGAGCGAUGACGAUGAUAUGGACGCACUGCGGGCAGCGAUGGGCCGGACGAACAUCGGUCUAGCGCAAUCACUGCCGACCUGGAGCACGCCUGUGGGCCGAGAGCGUGUUUCGGAAUGGGUGCAAGACACGCGAGGGAAGGGUGGUUUCAGCUCGUUCGACACACCACACGUCCCAGAUCGAGGUAGAGGGCACGGAGCUAGCGCUUUCAUUCCACCGAUGCCGUUUCAAUCUCAAGUACGGCCACCCCCAUCUUCGCAGCAGCCCCAGCGUCAGCAGCAUCAAUCCCAGCAUCACCAACGCAUAGUACCCGUGUACAUCCCGGUCGGAAAGAGCAAAAGCCACGACCAUCACCAUCACACGCAUGUGCACCGGGACAGACACCGGGACGGCGAGCGUGGGCGCUCGCAAUCGCGCAGUCGGGUCCGAGGGCCGUCUCACACCCGUUCUGCCUCCGGGUCUGGCACAAGUCGAUCUGUUUCUCAUUCGAGGCACCACGAACAUCGAAGCAAGCUUCACAAGCACAAAAAGCUACAGCCGCUCCCGAUCUGGGUUACGCAAAAGGCGGCAUCGCUGGGCAACAAACAACACAGGCAUCACCAACCCGGCGGCCCGCCCAGCCACUUCAUCGCAGUGCCCCAGUUUGUUGUGAACCAUGCAAAAUCUGCUGUGUUUCCUCAUCGCGCGCCUGUGCUAAAAUCGAAGUCCGAGUCGCACGAAACCAAAGAGAAGGAAAAGGACAAGGAAAAGAAGCACAAACACCACUGAUUUGGCGAUUCGGAACUAACAUAUAUAUUCCAUGCUGCAAGUACCACUAUGACAUGCUGUGAUUCUCUGAGAAUGCCGACGCCGAGGCGUUGGUUAAAGGCAGUACUGCGUCAUUCCAGAAGCAUUCAUGGCAACGACCUGGGAGAAGAGGGUCAAGUCGGAGAUUGAUACAUGCUUGAUGACAGUGACAACACAGGCGUUAUUUGAGCACAUUCGGAUGAUCGUGUAGGCGGGACACCACGGCCUGGCAUGGCCGCGAGUCCAGAAUACGGCGCAGACGCUGCUCAGAUGUGCGGGCACAAGAUCCGUGCAGAAUUCAGCUCCGAGGUUCACACCACCUCCUUGUUGCCCGACGAGCGUGGCCCAGUCUGCAGAGCAGUGAACAGUCACAACUGGUGAACCAGCUUACUUGGCGAGAUCCCUGACCCUGCGCCAACGAGAACGACGUGUUCCUGCCGUCCACGGUCGUCCAUGCGAACAAAGAUGAGUAUAUGCGCCAUUGUCCCCUUUGUCCCCAUGGCUUCAAAUGCCAUCUUGAAAGGAGAACUCAUCCGGAGCAAUGCCAAAAUUGCAAGAACUGGUCAGAAAAAGCUGGCUGCGAUUAACAAGGCGUGAAGGGGACGCAGACAAAACGAUGUCUACGGGACAAAGCACGACCCUGGAAUAGAGUACGGAAUUUUGACGGAAUCUCAGAUCGAAGGAUUCAAGUGUGAUCUGAUCACGAGGUCAGCAAAGAUUGUAUGGCACUCGAUCAGUUGCGAUCGUGCUUUGCGAGGCUUUGCUCCGAAGGUUGACAUAAAAUGGCGGAUUCCCAGCCGGCUCCAUUCUCAGCUCCCCCACUUCUCUCACCACACUCUCUUCUCGAGCCCGGUGCUCGCCCUCUCUUUUAAACGCCCGACACGAUCAUGAAAUCAUUCACGCUCCUCUCUGUACUUGGCCUCGCCUCCUACGUCGCCGCCCAGGCUAACGGCGGCCCCCGAUUUGACCCUGCGGGUGCCAAGAAUGUGGGAAACGGCAAAGGCGCCCAGUUCAUCGGUGGCCAAUGCCUAAGCACCGCCGAUUGCGCGUCUGGCUGUUGUGCCGGCCCAUCCGGCAUCUGUUCUGGUGUCGGUGCGCAGACUCAAGCGGGCAAGACCGGCUGCGGCUUCUCUGCCGGGUCUAGCUCUCUGAACAACGGUGCUGCACCUCCAGCUGCCGCUUCCACCGCCGCUCCUCCUCCUAACGUUGGCGGCCCCCCAUUCGAUCCUGCUGGCGUCAAGAACAUCGGAAACGGCAAAGGCACCCAGUUCAUCGGUGGGCAGUGCCUGAGCAAGGCAGAUUGUGCCUCAGGCUGCUGUGCUGGCCCAUCGGGCAUAUGCUCGGGGGUCGGUGCCCAGACUCAGGCCGGUAAAACGGGCUGUGGCUUUGUCGCCGGAUCCAGCUCGCUCAACAAUGGCGCCGCCGCUGCCUCUCCUUCCCCGACCGCGGCUACCCCUCCACCCAAUGUCGGGGGCCCUGCAUUUGACCCUGCCGGUGUCAAGAACAUCGGAAACGGCAAGGGCACCCAGUUCAUCGGUGGACAAUGUCUGAGCCAGGCAGAUUGCGCCUCCGGUUGCUGUGCUGGACCGUCGGGUAUCUGUUCAGGGAUCGGCGCUCAGACUCAGGCUGGAAAAACCGGCUGUGGAUUUGUUGCCGGAUCCAGUUCUCUGAACAACGGUGCCACGCCCCCAGCUGCCGCUGCACCUCCUGCUCCAGCAGCACCCGCCCCGCCUCCCAAUGUCGGCGGCCCUCCAUUUGAUCCUGCUGGCGUGAAGAACAUCGGAAACGGCAAGGGCACCCAGUUCAUCGGUGGACAGUGCCUGAGCCAGGCAGAUUGUGCUUCUGGUUGCUGUGCCGGUCCGUCAGGCAUCUGCUCGGGGCUCGGUGCCCAGACUCAAGCUGGGAAAACCGGCUGCGGCUUCGUCGCUGGAUCCAGCUCCUUGACCAACGGUGCCGCGGCUGCUUCUCCUCCCCCGGCCGCGGCCGCCCCUCCUCCCAACGUCGGGGGCCCUGCAUUUGACCCUGCCGGUGUCAAGAACGUGGGAAAUGGCAAGGGCGUCCAGUUCAUCGGCGGGCAGUGCCUGAGCGCCGCUGACUGUGCCUCUGGCUGUUGUGCCGGUCCGUCCGGCAUCUGCUCCGGCGUCGGUGCACAAACUCAAGCCGGCAAGACCGGCUGUGGUUUCAUUUCCAAGCGCUUCGUCUCUCGUCGCAGCAGCCUCUUCGCCUAAGUGCCUGGUGCGACCUAUGGUGGAACUUCUACUGAAUGAUGUCUUGUUGUAUACCUUAGCUAAGAUACCUGGUGUAUUGUAACGAAGAAACCAAAUGAAAUGUGUGAUGAUACCUUGGGCUUGCCAAUCCUGUAAGCGUGCAAUUGCAUGUAAAGCGGUAGCUACAUUGUGUUCUCCGCGUUGAUUGGAUUUAUUGACGCGUCCUGACGCGUCAAUAUAAAGAAGCACGUGGGCGUUCUCCUGUCGAUCCUCUCUGCCCACGUCCUUACACAUACAACAAAACCCAAUAGCCUCAGAAAAUGCUGGAAAUGGAAAUGCACUCGCCCUCCUUCCGUGCAAAUCGCUGUGUGUCCAACAAGCGAUCUCGCUCGCCUGACAGCCCAUCCGAGCGACCUUCAAAACGACCGUCUCUUGCCAUCGGUACUUCGGAACAUCCAUUUCGCCCCUACGGGACCCUCGCAAUCAGCAAAAGUCGACAAUCAUCCGAAGACUGGGUCCAACAAACUGGUGGCCUAUCCAUAGACAGUCCACUGCAUACAUGUAUCAGCGGAAAUGCGUCGGAAUGUUCGUCGAUCACGGAUGAAUUCAUGGCAGUGGACACAGACGAGGAGAUGCCACCAAGCACCGAUAGACCGUACCUGCUCUCGGCCAACACACCGACAUCCUUCUCCGAACCCUCCUCCUUGCAGCUCCAAUCCUCAUCACACCUACCACAUCCCCACCCGUUACUGACAUCCAGCACUCUCCUGCUGCCCGCCAUCAAUGUCCUCCCUGCAACGCCGAUUCUGGUGUCGCCCACCCGCCCUCCGACGCCUGACCUUCAAACAAACUCCAUGUCGAUGCCAAUAUCCCCGACUUCCUCCUUCUCCCACCUAGGCACGCUAGGUGGCAGGAAACCUCGUUUCUCGAUGGGGCCGAGAGCCAAUUGUGAGAAAUGUCGAAUGGGUGUCAAAGGGCACUGGGCACAUUAUGAUUAAUGUAUAGCGCGGCGUAUGGCAUUGUCCUUCCAGCACUUCGAGUUACAGUCGAAACCAUCAUCUCACUAUUGAGAGCAUUUGCAUCGCCGAAUGGGCUCUCAGGACGGAAAUGUCUGGAAAUGAAAUCUCACUGCGCCAAUUUGGCGAUCGGCAUUACGAAAGGCGGAUAAGUGUUGAAGGGGGUAAAAGCAAUCACCGCAUAACGCGGUACCACAUAACACGGCGAAUAAAUCACACAUAAGAUCGGGAUUUUCUCCAGACCAGGGGAACUGACUGACAUGGGGGUAUGAAAGCUCCGGGAGGCCGGAGCAAGUGUCCAAAUUUGAACUAACAAGAUGAUCGUGAUCAUAUUAUCACGGUGAUUGCCGAGAACUUCGUGAAAAAGUUGCUCUGCGCUACCUCCGGCACGAGAUGUCGACGACGCUGCCGUUGUUCUGGCACCUCUCCUCAGCCUCGAAGGAUGAACGUCUCGAUGCAUCGGUCAAGCUGGUUGGGGCUCUCGAACAAUUUCAGUCACAAUUCGUUCGCAAAGAAUCUAUGGAUGCCUCUGGCACGGACGGCGAAGAGGACGGAGAGGAUGAGGACGAGAAGAUGGACAAUUUGGAUAACUUGAACGCGCAGGAUGUUUCCUAUUCCAUCCGCCGACUCAUCCGAGGUCUUUCCAGCCCUCGGGAAAGCAGUCGGCUCGGAUUCGCGGUUGCACUGACUGAGUUGUUGGCCCGACUGGACACGAUCACCUGCUCUCAGAUUCUUCUUCUCGUGGUUGAUGCGACUAAAUCCCAAGGCUCGAUGACCGGCCAAGAGGAGCGGGACGCUAUUUUUGCAAGGCUCUUCGGUCUGACUGCAAUAAUCCAAUCCGGCCUGCUCGUCCGCACGACACCACUGCCCUUCUCCGCCUCGUCCGAGACUUCUGCAUCUUCCUCGAGCGCAUUCAAGGACGCGGUCUCGCAUCUCAUCGCGCUGGGGGACAAGAAAUCGUGGCUGCGGGAAAGCGCUUGGUGGAGUCUCGGUCUCGCUAUGGAUGCCCUGAAAGCCUCUGAGGUGACGUGGAAGGAGAGCGCGUCGGACGCGAUCAUCGAGCUGGUGUUUAACCCCAACACGCCCUGGUCGCCUGAAAAGAUCGCGAUCGCGCUUAAACUCCAGAACACCAAUCCCAAGCGGGACUGGCGCGCGCUUCUCUGCCCGCCGUUCAAAUCUCCGGACCUGCUUGCUAGUACGAAUCUGCCCGCCAUUGGCAAGAUUCUGAAGGACACAACUACGGAGGCGGAUUCGGAAAACGGAGUGCCCAAGUCGGCUGCAGGAUCGUGGACCCUCAGUUACAUUUCGUCUGGAGUGCCAUCCUCGAUCAAUUGCUGCCUGGUCCAGAUUCAAUCUCGACGACCAAAGGCUCUUUCCAGGAAUUCUUCAGGAUUGUUGUUGACGAGUCGCUAUUCUCGUCAAAUUCCUCUCCAGAGCGAAAGUAUUCUGGCUUCCAAGUCUUCCGCAAGGCAUUGCCACGUAUGACUGAGGAUGACAUUCCUCUGCUAUUCACAAAGAACUUCAUGCGGUCCUGGAUCAAUCAUCUUUCGCACUCGGAUCGGUAUCUGCAUAAGGUAGCCAAGCAAGUCUCCACUGACAUCCAAAAUCUCGUCAAAACUCGUCCCCAGCUGGGUUUCGCGCUGAUUCUGCAAUUGACCGGUGUCAAUGGCAGCCAGCAGUUCGAUAAACUGACCAAAUCGAAAACUGUCGAGUCGAUUCUGACAUCGAUGAGCGCUGAUGGAAUCAAAAGCUACAUCAACCACAUUAUCGCUCAGGUCAACUCUGCAGUGGACGUCGAUGUGGACGCGCUGAACUCGCGUCGCUCGUGGAUCAUCGACCAGCUCUCGGCGCUGAUCCACAAUGGGGCGGUGCCGAAAGACGACGAAUGCACGAUGCUUGUACUGGACUGGUUCACCGUCCACGGCCUGUUUCUUGUCAAGAAGAAAUCUGAGAAAAGUGCUUUCCUGGCUAUCCAUCAGAUCCCCAGUCCUCCGUUCUCCGAUCAAUUGCGCCACCAGUGUCGCACCCGACUGCUCAGCUGCCUGGCUGACUUGCUGGCACAGACUCAACCCCACAAAACUGCCGAAGACAAGCCACUCAAGCGUCCCGGCGUCGCAUCUGACGGUGAAUACUGGCUGUUCAAGGUCCUCGGCAGUAUAGACAAGCUCCAGGCGGACUCGAAGCGUGUUUCACUGCUAUCAGAAUUUGAGGAGGAUGACCUGACGUUGGCGACAAAAGUGCGAGAAGGCAUUACCAGGCUGAAAGCACCCGCCGCGCAGGGUGCCCAGCUGUUGUUGCUGGGUGUCCUGAUUCAAUUCUUUGUCGAAGAGCCGACUGAAAAAGACGCGGAAGUGAUCAGCGAUUGCUUGGAUGCGACGGACAGAAUGUUUGCAGCCCCCAAAAAGAGCAAGAGCAAAAAGAAAAAGGCCGCCAAGGAGGAAGCAGGUGCAGAGGAGUCGGCGCCAGAGCCCGUUGAUGUAAUGCUCGACUGCAUCAUUGGAUUCCUCGAAAAAGGGACCGCGUUCAUCCGAACCCUCGGCACUCAAGUCUUCUCCUUGUUGACCGGUUCCGCGCAACGUUCCACGAUUGAAUUGAUGCUCUCCCAAUUGGAGCGGCGGAAUCCAGACGAACUCGCGCAGGACGAAGACGAGGACAUAUCACAGGACGAAGCAGGCAGUAAUCUGGAGGAAGAGGACGACUCCGAUAGCGAAAUCGAGUUUGCAGAGGACCCAAGCGAUGACGAGGUUGACCCUGAAUUGCGGAAGAAGAUCGAAGAGGCGUUGCGUGUGAAUGGAGUCGGCGCAGGCUCAGACAAUGAUGAGAACGGAGAUGACGACGACGCGAGUGACGACGACGAAGACCUCAUGGACGACGAGCAGAUGCUUGCCAUCGACGAACAACUCGCCCAGUUCUUCAAGUCUCGUGACGAAAAGGGGAAAAACGGUGACGCGCAACGUGAAGCAACACAUUUCAAGAACCGGGUCCUGGACCUUGUUGACACCUUCCUCAAAAACGAACCCAGCAAUCCGCUGUCCAUCGAUCUUCUCCUUCCGCUGAUCGAGCUGUCUCUGGGCUCCAGCGUAGACGAGCGUCAUCUCACUGACAAGGCCCGCGGUAUCGUGCGGUCUCGCUUUGCCAAGUGCAAGGAGCACCCGACUGUCGGGGAUUCGGAACCCGCCAAGUCGGCGCUGAGCCAGAUCCAUUCCCGGGCUCAGAAACUGCACUCUGCCGAACUGCUUCCCACGCUGAGCCAGUGCAGCCUCUAUCUUGCCAAAGUCCUCCUGGACGCCAAAUCCGCUCAGGCCGUGGUCGACGUCUACCGGCGCUCUCUGCAGGACUUUGCCACCCGCAAAAACUCGGCGCUAAAUGGCCAUUUCUUCACGGACGCCAUCAACCGCUUCCCCGGAGAGAUGUGGGAGCUCAGAAAUGACAUCUUCACAUUCGCCGAGCAGGCUGUGAAUGGCUUCCGCCGGACACAGUGUCUGCAACUCGUCCAGCCGCUGCUCACCCGCAUUUCGUCGAUUGAGGACAAGCGUGAGGAGGCAGAGGAAUUCCUGCUGGCUUUCAGCGGGAAACUUGCCCAUACAGUGGACGAAGCCUGUUCUGACAAAAUCACACUCACGCCGUCGCAAAUGAAGGAUCUGCUCAAACUGGGGGCCUUCGCCGUGCGGCUGGCUCAACGCCUGUCCGCUCAAAAGGGCUGGGACUUCGCCAGCUGGUCAGGCUUGGCCAAGAAGCUGGCCGAAUCCGAGCGGUUCAAGAGCUCUGUAGGCCUGCAAAAGAUGUGCGCGAACUUGUGUGCGUCUCCGCCGGCAUCGAACGGAAAGCGCAAGGCUGCUGCGGUCGAGGAGGAAACGCCGAAGGCCAAGCGUAAAAAGACGAGCAAAAAGUAGUGUAUCGAAUGGAUUAUCAUCAGCUAGAUAUGUCCCUUCAAGGCUGUGUGUCUUCUUCUCGCCAUCGGGUAGUGCUCUUCCAGAACAGCCUUCAAGACGUCCACUCUCUUGAGCACCAUUCUACGUCUCAUCCGGGCGAUCACCGUCGUCUCCAUGUCCGCAGACUUUUUGGUAGCAACUUGAAGGAUCUCUUCCGGCAGACCAGCCAGUCGAGCACAUUCCACCCCAAAUGAUUCUGCCCAAAGCGUCAAUCGAGCUGAGGUUAUCAUUUUAAGCAUAGGGCACUUGCCUUGCGCUAUCCCGUCCUCCAAUCUGUACAGGAAUGUGACAUCACGCUUCCCAUCCCGCUUGCGUUGCUCCUCAGCGCGAUAGCCGACGUGGAGAUUCUGGAGUUGCCGGAUAUUUCUGCCCAAGCUGUCUUGCCACGAGGGGAUAGUGGGUGAUGAACAAAGUCCGGCAUCGCACGGUGGAAAUCAACUCCUCCAGGGUAGCGUGAGCUAUAGCCAUCCCAUCGAAUGUGGACGUCCCUCGGCUGGGUGGGGAUGUCGAUAAGUGUCCUGCCAAACGCUGCUCAGAUCCAGCUUACUCACCCGAGCUCAUCCAAGACGACCAGACUGCGAGACGUGGCUGUGCGCAGAAUCUCACUCGUCUCCGCCAUUUCGACCAUAAACGUCGAGCGGCCUCUGACGAUGUCAUCGGAAGCGCCCAUCCGCGUUAGAACCGCAUCGAGCAUGCCUUGUAGACGGUCUGCUCAGCUUCGAUGCAUCAGACUCGAGCGCAUGCACUCACUCAGUUUGAAGGACUUGGCCGGAACGUAGCUCCCAAUCUGGGCCAUCACAGACAACAGCGCCACUGUCCGGACACAGGUGCUCUUCCCUCCCAUAUUGGGACCUGUCCGUCCAGUCAGAGGAAUGCUUGAGUAUCGGGAACGAAAACAGCAAACCUGAAACGACUUUGCAGCGACCUCGACUGAAGGAGAUCGAAUUUGGCACGAACGGAUCCGGUCGCGAGACUUCGACCAUCGGAUGUCGCCCAUCAAUCAUCUCGAGCACAUCCCCGUCUUCAACGAAUUUAGGUUUGGUGAAAUCUUGCUGGGUCGCGACAUGAGCGAGAGAUGUCAGACAGUCGGCCUGAGCCAGCUUCUCGACUGCAUGUCGCAGAACGGGGUAGUGCUCCAUCACAUCGUCUUUCAGAAAGACCUGAUAUGCUUCAUUCGCUGCAAUCUGGAGCAUCAUCAACGGCUGUCCGCGGAUAUACCCGUCAGAGCAUACCAUCAUCCUUUCGUGACUUUGUGCGCGCUCCUCCAAGAUUUGUGCGACAGCAGGAGUGCGGUAUCGUUUGAAACUCUUGGACGAGUUGACUGUGAGCCAACUCUCGGCAUGGCACAGGUCUUGUAGAGGCAAUACUUACCUCCUCGUCCCAAAUUGUUUUGAAUUCGAGUCUGGGUUUCCCUAACAGUUCCCGAACUGAACGAUCCAGUCAGAGAUAGACAUAGAGCAGCCAAGGUUUAACUCGCCAGCAUCCUGUUCGCGGCCGAUCUGCGACUCAAAGUCCCUCACUUCAUCUGCGGCUUUUUGUAUAUCAGGAUAUUUUCCAGGGUCAACCCACAUCAGCUCCUUAUUGCCCUCCUUCGCCAUCUUUAGGUGGAUGCAAUUCAACAGCUGCUGCGCCGGUUUCGCAAGCGGCGGCAACGCGUACAGGAUUUCGUUCAGCAUUCGCGAUUUUACUUGGGUGUCUUCCUCGACGAUUGUCGCAGGGAAAAUCCGACCAAGCUUUUGGAAGGCAGUGAGGAUGAUGACUAAUUCAUUAGGCGUGCACUGGACGAUCCCGGUGAGCCACGCAUGAGGGUCUCAUCGCAAAGACUGACCUGUAGGGAUUGAACCCGGCUGAGCCCUCUCAUCAGAUCCGGCAACUUUGAGAGGGCCUGUCGCAGGAGGAUGAACUUGUCUGAGUUGCUGUUCACGAUUUCGUCCACUGCAUCGAUCCUCUCUUGGAGUGCUCUAUUUGACGCGAUCAGUAACACUUCGAACAUGCGCUGGCAAAGCCGGGUACCUUUUGUCUACCAAUGGCUUCCCAAUCCAAGAUUUGAGCAACCUCGACCCAAAUUGGGUUUCGGUCCGAUCAAGCAGAGAACUAGGCCAGUCGGACGUCAGAUAAAACGAUGGCUCCGCUACUGCAGAUGAGCGCACAGAAGUGACCCGCGGCGGGUGUGAUCCGUGUCGUUUUCAAAGAUCUCCAGGUUGGACAGAGUGUUAGCAGCCAGAAGCAUGUGAAUCCGCGAUGUAAACCGGCUGAGUUUGACACGGCAAAGGGUAGAGACUAUUUCGGAUGACGCCAGGUGUUUGAUAGUGCAGCCCAGGGCAACAACCACAGGACGAGGCAAUCCUGUCAUCUCUGCCAGGAGUUCCGAGCCAGAGCAGAGGUCCGAUAUCACGUCAAAUGCAUCACUGUAGGAGACGAGUUCGUCGAAAGGUUCUAUGCGAGCAGAACCGCCGUGGUCAUUUGUGAAUCUAAUCGGGGUCAGUUGAGGCAAAAAAAACCAUAUAAUCAAACCAUGAUUACUGUAUGCGAUGGGUGAUCAUCUUCUCAGUCGGCGUCGACAAUCGAUUGCGAGGAUAGAUAAUUUCGGUCGGCUGCAAAUGAGCAAGCCUUGCCUGGAGAUCAUUACACGUCUGCGGAACGGAAUCAAAGCAACGGACAUCGAGCUCGGUUCUCAUCGGCACAUCCUCAAAAGCGUCAUAUAUAAUCUCCCCGUCAUGAACCGAUAUUGAAACAAUGGCGACCUUGACUCUGUCCCGCGAGCCUGAGACUUCCUCCACGAUACACAAGAACGAAGGUGCUGUGAGCUCGGUAGAAUCGAUUUCGUCGAUGUAACUGCGCAAGCUCAAGCAUUGAAAGCAUUUCAAGGAAACACGAACGUCGUUGAGGUGACCAUCUUCGUUAAACGGCGCUCGAAAACUUUGUUCCGGUUGCUCCCCGCUUUGUGCAGUGCAGCAGUUUCAACUUGUUGCACAAUCCCGACUCGAUAUCCUCGGUAUACAAGUCUGGGAUGAUUCAGCGCCCAGAUACUUUACCUCACGUUGUAACACCCACGUCCGCAGAUGCACGUCCCGUCUGUGUUGCGGCACAGAAGCGCACAAUUCUCCUUUCUCUAUCCAAGUUUUCAUCCCCAGCACGUUCUCGGCCACCUUCGCAUCUUCCCCGAAGAACUUGUACUUAUGGCCAACGUGGACCAUGAGGACUGCAUUCGGGUUUUGGUCCCGUAUCGUUUUGACCUGAAUUUGCAGAUCCGUGUAGGCUUUGUGGUUGUCAGCGUCCUCGUCUUCGUUUUCAGUUUCGUUCCCGCUCUGUCUUGGAUUAAGAGAAGAUUUUCUGCGUAUUUCCUGUGUCGGUCGUGUUGUGACAGAUUUCUUGGAAACCGAUUUCCUCGCAACGGACUUCUUCGCGGUCGGUUUCUUAGCACCGGGGUUGACCAUUGCCAUGAAAGAGUCAAAGGAGCUAUCACUGGUAGCUUUGGAAAGGUUAGAGGUUGCAACGCCAGGUCGGUCCCAUUCGGUCCCUUACCUCUG